GAAGCGCCAAGAAAAUGGCUUUCAAACAUGGCGCUCCUCCUGAAAAUUUCCCUUCUCUACAAAACUCCCCCCGCUUCCCUCAUUCCCCCCCCGCCACUCCCUCCUCUCCUCUCUUCCCUCCCCUCUCUCCAUUCGCUAAGGCGGAGCACUCGUGAGGAGGCGGGGGAGUGCGCGCGCAUUGGUCAUCGCUGCUGAUAAUGGCGGACCAGGGGCGGAGCUCGCGCAUCACCCGGGCGGCCAAGAAGAGGGCCGCGUCGUCGGCGGCGGGCGGCGGCGGCGGGGACCAGGCCCCGGCCACCAAGAAGCGCGUCGUCCUCGGGGAGCUCCCCAACCUCUCGAACGUCCUCGUCGAGGCGCGGGGCGAGCCGAACGCGAAGCCGCUCAAGACCACCGCCAGGCAGCCGCCCAAGGCGGGUCGAGGGAAGGUCAAGAAGCCCGCGGCGGCGGCGGAGGGCGCGGCCUCGUUGGAGCCCGAGGAUGGGGAUCCCAAUAUCGACGUCGAGCCCGCGUCCGACGAUCCCCAGAUGUGUCGGGCUUACGUGGCCGACAUCUACGAGUACCUGCACAAAAUGGAGAUGGAGCCUCACAGAAGGCCUCUGCCGGAUUACCUCGAGAAGGUCCAGAAGGACGUGACGGCGAACAUGAGAGGGAUACUGGUCGAUUGGUUGAUUGAGGUCGCCGAAGAGUACAAGCUCCUCUCCGAUACGGUCUACCUCUCCAUCUCCUACAUUGACAGGUUCCUGUCCCUCAGUAUCCUCAACCGGCAGAAGCUUCAGUUGCUGGGCGUUUCCGCAAUGCUUAUCGCCUCAAAGUAUGAAGAGAUCAGCCCUCCUCAUGUGGAAGACUUCUGUUAUAUAACCGACAACACUUACACUAAGGAAGAGGUCGUUAAGAUGGAGUCUGAUAUACUCAAGUCGCUGAUGUUUGAGAUGGGCAAUCCUACGAUUAAGUCAUUUUUGAGAAGGUUCAAUCGAAUUGCUCAAGAGGGCCUUAAAGCAAAUAAUCAUCUGCAACUAGAGUUCCUAGGGUACUACCUUGCCGAGCUGAGCUUGCUCGACUAUAGUUGCGUGAAGUUCUUGCCUUCUCUGGUAGCUGCUUCUGUGAUAUUCCUUGCCAGAUUUAUGAUCCGACCAAAGAGCCAUCCCUGGAGCUUAGCGCUGCAACAAUACUCAGGGUAUUGUCCCAAAGAUUUGAAGGAUUGUGUGCAAAUCCUACAUGACUUGUAUCUAAGUAGAAGGGGUGGAUCUUUGCCUGCCGUGAGAGAAAAAUACAGGCAACAUAAGUUCAAAUGCGUCGCAAGCAUGGCCUCUCCCCCGGAGAUACCCGCAACUUACUUUGAAGAUAUUGGAGAAUGAUGAGUUGGAUUGCCAUUGGUGAUGAAAUCAAAUCACAUUUUUCAGCAAAUGAAUAGAGAGUUGCACGAUUCUCAGGAUUGGAGGAUUUUCCAUUAGCUUUCAAAUGCUGACUGGGCUCUCUAAAGUGGCAGAUUAGCUUGGUGGAGAAUGCACAUAAAGCAGAACAUGUGAUGCUGAAAAAGAGCUCGUUACUGUGUUCAGCGUUGCUGCGAUCCGAAGGCAAAGUUGAUAUCCUGGAUACCAACAUGGGCAAUUUAAAUUGGUUCUACGACUGAGAUGAGCAUUGGAGACUAGUUGAUCUUUGUUUCUGAUUACCAGACAUUGACUUCCCACUGUACAUAGAUUGACAGUGAUCAAAUUUUGGCUUUGUCAUUAUAAUGAUUCUGAUCUGGUAAUCCGUGCUCAAUUAUUUUUUUCACCGUACCAUGAGGAAAAUAGUGAAUUCUCAUGUACUUUUUAAGGACAAAAGCUCGAUUGGCUAGAACAUUGCUCUGUCAAAUAGCCAUUACUAAUACAGAGGAGUGUAGUGCAGGAGGGAAAAGUGGCGUUUUCUCUUUAUAAUUAAUUUUCUCUUGUAGAAAGUUACUUAAGGACUGCAACUUGGUCCACUGAUAAAAGGCUUGAUGGCAACUAGCUUAAGAAUCA